GACAGGACGAGGAGCCUCAGAGCAGCAGGCAGCAGAGCGUGGUGAGGAGAGAUGGGAGAUGUGUCUCUGUACUUAACUAAUGCCAACGUGUCACUGGGCCAAACUAUGGACACUGGUGAGAAUCAGACAGGAGAGUUUGAGAGGGUGGAAAUGGGAGACUCUGCUGGGAAGCAGGGGAGGGUGAAGGUUCCCCGCAGGACCAUCUUCUUUGCCAGUGGAGAGACCAUGGAGGAGUACAGCACCGAUGAAGAGGAGGUGGAGGAGCCUGUGAAGAGAGACGUCAUCACUGUUGAUGCGUCCAAACUGACCUGGGGUCCAUAUUUCUGGUUCCACAUGUGGAGAAUGGGCACCUCCACUAUCUCAGUGUGUGACUACAUGGGAGAGAGACUGGCCUCUCUGUUUGGCAUCACCUCUCCUAAAUACCAAUAUGCUAUUGAUGAGUACUACCGUAUAAAGAAAGAGGAGGAUGAGGAAGAGGAGGAGAACCGUUUGUCCGAGACGGCUGAGCGUCGGUUCGCGGAGCAGCGAAGAGGCGAGCAGGAGGAUUCUCAUCCUGCUACCGUGGAGCAGCCAGAAGCAUCCGGAGCCGCCUUUGUAAACAUCAGCUUUGAUCUUGAACCUGAACCUCCUCUCAACACUGUAGACACCAACAGAGUCCCCUCUCCCCUCCCCUCCUGAAAACUGACACUCAAGGGACAAACCUAUAACAUUCACACAUUUAUAUCCGUUGGCAAAACCUUAAUUUACUUAACAGGACAGAUUAAUAGGGCUGUUAUUUUUUCUAUGUUUUCAUUUUAUAAAAAUAAAUCUUAGUACAAAGUGCAGGGAAAAAUGAAAAGGGCUGUGGAAGUGACUGCACUAGCCUUAUGUGUGAAUGUGUAUUGUGUAAAACUGUAUGCAAGACUGUGAUGUUUCAUACAACCAUUUGCUGACCGGACAGGGUUCAACUCACUCUGAGUCACCGUCAGUUGAGAUAAUGGGAAACAUGUUGGAUUUAAAUCUUUUAGAGGGAAAUAGUCACCGAUCUCAGUUGUUCAUUGAUUAUAAAUGAAUGGAAAGCCUCCCUGAAGUUAACAGAAAAUGAAUUAGCCCCACCUCUGGUGUGAGCAGUCACAUGAUCAGACACACGCUACACCUACAGUUAUACAAACUGUUGAUCCUGCUAUUGUAUAUGAGCAAAGUCAGACAUUUCGCAAGUUCAGCAGGUUUUGUAAAGGCGUGGCCAGACUCCGGCACUACCUCGCCAUUUGUCACCUCAGUCUCUUUCUGUGCUUCUCGUCUCUGACAUCAUUGUCUAUACCUGGCAUGUGCAUUGUUAAAGGGUAAGAGAGAUGGCUGGCUUUUGACUUCCAGGCUAUAAAGAUAAGCAGGGAAUGACGACAUACAUACAGUACGGUGACCCUGCUGCUUCAUCCUUUUGGUAGUCAUGAGUACUCCCCUCAAGGCUACUGUGCAUUCCUGCUCUUUUGAAGAGGAUUAAUUUAAUAUGCUGAGUUAUUAACUAGGAGGCCUGUUAAUCCAAGAGCUUAAUUCACAGGUGUGAUAGUAAUAUCUUGGUUCCCUCCAGAGCAUAAGAUCUGCCUGCUACAAUGUGGUGUCUGUUAAAUAUUUUCAGUUUUUUGGGACCCUCCCGGUAUGCAUUUCAUCAAAGUGAUUGAAAAUGGUCCAUGAGUUUUUGAAAGACUUGGAAAAACCUGCUGUGCAUUAGUCGUGUUUUCUAAGAUGAAGUUUGCCUCUUCGUUUCUUAAGGUGUCACGUCACCACUCGGAUGUUAUUGUGCAGGAUGAUUUAUGUAAUAAGAGAUUUAAAACUGGCAUGGAAGGUUAACUGAAUUCAUUGCUACUAACCUUCAUGUGUACACAUGUUGAGGGUUCAUUUAUAAAGUGUCCUUCUUGAAGCCUUUCAUAUCAGCGUUUAGCUGCGCGGCAGGCGUACUGCUGAGACUGAGCUAUCAUAAGCCUCUUAUUGAUUAUUUAUAUCCAGCGUCACGGCUGUGUGGUGACAGCCCUCAGAUCUCAGAGCAGUAGUGUUUAGCAUUCCUCUUUUAAUAAUCUUCUAGCUCAAGAGGAGCGUGUUAAAUGGGCUUGUUAAGUUUGUUAUAAACGUUUUGUGGGUGAUUAAUCACCCUCUUAUGUGUAAAAAGGGCUGAUAUAUAUGCAAAGGUUAUUCUAACAACCCCUUUAAUGAAUGUGUAUAUACAUAUAUUCUCUGUGUUAAUAAAACAU